CCCACACCGAGAAAAACCACUACUAAAAAAUGCUGCUCUCUCCUCCCUCAUCCUCUCCUGUCUCACUCUCUCCCCUAAAAACUCUGAAGCCCAAAACCCCGCAAAAGUUCACAAUCACAGCGAGCGCUUCGACCAAGAGAAGCAGAGGAGAAGAUGACUACCACUCAAUCCUCAAAGCCCUCAACUCCAAAGGCCGCAGAACCCCGAGAAAAUCCCUCGGCCAGCAUUACAUGGUGAAUUCGAGCAUCAAUGAGCAGCUGGCCGCUGCGGCUCAGGUUGGAGAUGGGGAUGUUGUUCUCGAGAUUGGGCCUGGCACUGGAUCGCUUACUAAUGUUCUUAUUGGUGCUGGGGCCACUGUGAUUGCUGUUGAAAAGGAUCCACACAUGGCCGUUCUUGUGAAGGAAAGAUUUGCGGGUUCCAAACAAUUAAUGGUAUUGAAAGAAGAUUUUGUUAAAUGUGACAUUCGUUCUCAUUUGAGCUCUGUGCUGGAGGACAAGAAGUAUGCAAAGGUGGUUGCUAAUAUCCCAUUCAAUAUAAGUACUGAUGUUGUGAAGUUGCUUCUUCCAAUGGGUGACAUCUUUUCUGAAGUUGUGCUGUUGCUUCAGGAUGAGACCGCAUUACGAUUGGUAGAUGCUUCCUUAGGCUCAUCGGAAUAUCGGCCCAUCAACAUCUUUGUAAACUUUUAUUCAGAUCCUGAAUACAAGUUUAAAGUUGAAAGAUCAAAUUUUUUCCCUCAACCAAAUGUAGAUGCAGCUGUUGUUAGAUUUAAGUUGAAGAAAAGUUCAGAAUGCCCAUCAGUUUCUUCCACAAAAAGCUUCUUUUCAAUGGUGAGUUCUGCAUUUAAUGGGAAAAGAAAAAUGCUGAGAAAAUCACUUCAGCAUCUAUGUUCAUCCCAAAAUAUAGAAGCUGCCCUCAAGGAUGUGGAUCUUCCGACUACGGCAAGGCCUGGAGAGCUUACGCUUGAUAAUUUUGUGAGGCUGCAUAAUUCAAUUUCAAGAUUUAGAAUCUUGGAUGUCAAAGAGUAGAUUUGGCACCAUUCUUUUCAUGCGAAAAAUCAGUGCAAUUAGCAACUAUGAGAGUAAUACUUCACACAAAAGAACAGGUGACAUACUCCCAGAGAUCGCAAAUCAAGUGAACGACGCAUAACACGGUUUACUAUUUGUUGUAUGAUCUCCCCACUCAAAAGUUCGAAAAGUAAAGAAAGAACGGAAGAAGAAAACCUUCGGUUGAACUGGGGAAUGGAUUUCUCAACGAUGAAAUAGAAGUAGGAACAAGCAAGGAAUUGGUGAAUCCACAUGGGAACUCAUAAGCUGCGCAUGAAGCUUCAUUCAAUUUGGUCAUGCAAAAGGGGUCCAAGCUUCUUGGUUUUUGGAAAAGACUUCAUAUAUUCAUGACCACAAUGGAUUCCAAGCUUCUUGUGCAAUCUUGUAUUUUCAAAUAAGGACAUUUAUGGCAUUGUGUUAUAAGAAAGCGGUGCAUAAUAUCAUCAACACCCCCCCAAGAAGGAUAUUCUUUCA